AUGGACUUUGUUGCAAAUGCAUUAUUAGCAAUAGGAGCUGCUCCUAUCAUGUCUGAAGAAAAGAAUGAGCUAGAGGAGUUUAUUUCUAUUUCAAAUUCUAUCAAUAUUAAUAUUGGAACACUUAAUGAUGCUUUCGUAGAAAAUACAAGACGUGCAUUAAUAAUUGCUAAAAAUUUUAAAAAGCCUAUAGUGCUUGACCCAGUAGGUUGUGGGGCAACAAAAAUAAGAACAGAAGUAAGUAGAGAAUUUAUUCGACAUGUUAAUGUUGUUUGUGGUAAUGCAAGUGAGAUAAUAUCGCUUUAUGAUGAUAAUAAAACUAAAACUCUUGGCGUUGAGUCACAAAAUACUACUCAAGAAGCAGAAAGUAGCGUCAACUCUUUGGUUGAGAAGCAUGAUAUAACAAUUAUAGUUAGUGGUGCAACAGAUAUUAUAGCAAGAAAAGGCUACACAAGGCAUUUAUCCUUUGGUUCAAAGCUUAUGGAGUGUAUUACAGGCAUGGGUUGUGCGUUUUCUUCUAUUACUGCAGCUUUUUGUGCCGUAGAAGCUGACUCAUUUCAAGCAAGCUUAUUAUCCUCUGCAUUCUAUAGCUUAUGUGGCGAACAAGCAGUACAAAAAGCUUCUUGUCCUGGAUCUUUUAAAGUUGCAUUUCUUAAUGCUUUAUACAAUCCCGAUUUUGAUUUUAUGAGAGGAAAAUUAUGAAGUACAAAGCUCUCUCAAUUGCUGGUUUUGAUGGGUCAGGUGGUGCUGGUAUUCAAGCAGAUCUCAAGGUAUUUUCGGCAUUUGGUUGUUAUGGAAUGACAGUGUUGACUGCUUUGCCAGUACAAAAUACUACGGGAGUAAAGAAGUGUUAUGAAUUACCAUUGGAAUCAAUUAAAGAUCAAUUAGAAGCAAUUUUUGAAGAUACAAUGCCAGAUGUUGUUAAAGUAGGGAUGCUAUUUAAUUCUAAAAUUGUGGAGUUAGUUGCAGAAUUUCUCUUGAAAUAUGCUGUUAAAAUACCAAUUAUAGUUGACCCAGUAAUGGUGGCAAAAAGUGGUAAUCUUCUUCUUCUUCCGGAGGCGAUUGAAACUAUUAAGAAAAAAAUUAUUCCAAUAAGUACAAUAGUUACUCCAAAUUUACCAGAAGGUAAGGCACUAACAGGAAUAGGAGCUAGUACCAAAGAAGAGAUGUUUACUGUUGCAAGAGCACUUUUAGAACUUGGUUCAAGAUCUAUUUUACUAAAAGGUGGACACUUAGAAAGCAGCAGCGAGUCAUGUGACUUACUUGUUACAGUUGAUAAUAAUCAUGAAUGGCUCAGUCAUCAUAGAAUUAUAACUAAAAAUACUCAUGGAACGGGGUGUACAUUGUCUGCUGCAAUUGCUUCUUGCUUAGCUCUUGGCUUGGAUAUUUUUGAUAGCUGUAGAAUAGCAAAAAGGUAUUUAAGCAGAGCUCUAAAAACCGCUCAACAUCAACAUGUUGGCAAGGGGAUUGGGCCAGUUCAUCACUUUUAUCAUUUAUGGCCAACGCUUAGUAAAAUUAAGGAAGAAUAA